AUGAUCCAACACGCUUAUCAGAGGAAUUCUAUCCUCGGGUUGGUUUGGAUGGAGAUUGUAAUCAUGAUACAACAAUUAUUUCAAUUUAUAACAUUUCCAUUGUUGAAUACAUUCAAUUACUUGUAUAUUAAAGAGCAUUAUAUUAAUUUAUCAAACUCGGACCACAUCCGAGAGUCAACACACCACAAAAGACGGUUAAAAAUUGUCCAUUUAACUGAUUUUCAUUUUGAUUAUAGGAUAUCUAGUCAUGAUAAAACAAAUUUAAAAGACAAUCACUUUUCGUUAUUUGAAAAAUUUGUCGUGUGGUGGGGAUGGUUACGAAGGAAUAUACGAUACCAUAGGAUUAGCAAGGCACAAUUGAAAGAAAUAUUACUAGAAAUUGAAAAUAUCUCGAAUAUCGACUUAAUCAUCAUCACUGGAGACGUAUUUGAAGAUUUCUCAAAUAUUGACAUCGAUUGGAUGAUUGAGAAUUUUAUGUCAAAGCUUAAAAAUUAUUGCUCUCUUGGGGUCUAUGGAGUAUUGGGAAAUCAUGAUGAGAGGUACUGCUCUGUAAAAGAUAGAGAAUUUCUCAUUAAAAAGCUGAGCACAGCCAUCACCAUUCUAGACGCUCAGUCUGAAUUCACCAGACACAAGUUCUUUACCACAGUUACCAAAGCCACCGACGAUACCUCGUUUGAUAUUGAAAUUUAUGGAUUUCUAGACUUUUAUAACAGUCACUUUUGGGAAAAUUACCACAAAAUUGUGAAGCAUCUUAAUGAAAAUCCUGUCAAAGAAAAUACCUUACGAUUUUUAUUAAGCCACAACCCAGAUACCAUAGCUUGGAUAAAGAAUGAUGUAUUUCAUUUCGAUAUGAUCUUCAGCGGCCAUACUCAUGGAGGACAAGUAUGCUGUCCAAUACCAUCCUUGAUUUUGAAAAAUAUGUUAGCACUCUUCUGGAGGAUAUACAUGAAAGAUGUGACAUUCGAUCACUUUCUUCAAAUUCACUUUUCUUUUGAACAGGUACAUCAGAUGAAUGAGGGUGUCUUUACUUAUAUUCCUAUAAUACCAAUAAUUAUUUACUUGUACAAGAAGGCAACGUUAUGGACGUUUGUGAGGCACAAGAUUAGCAAACUGAAAAUUGUGCAGAGAGUACUUAAUGUCUGCAAAUACUGGGAGUGGGGCACUGGUUUGUUUGAGUUGAAAUGGCAAGAUGACUCCACUCUAAUAGAUCGUGUAUUUCAUCAUCACCAAAAAGUCUCAUCUCCUCAACAAGAGAUCAACAUUGCAUCCAGUGAAGAUGAAAAUUUUAUCAAACUAAUAUUCCGUACUUACAAAAUUGACAGAAAGCAAUUUGUACACACAUCUGGUGGCUUAGGUACUCACUAUCCAAUGCGAUUAUUCUGCCCUCCAGAAAUUUCAAUUCUUAACCUUAGUUUUUGA